GCCGGGAAUGGGAAAGAUGAAUCAAAAUUACCAUGUUCAAUGAACCAAGAUGAUAUUUAACACCAAUUUAGUUGGAAACGUUUUCACAGUGAUAUAUGGGACCAUGCUCAUCAUCUACUUGUGAUACACUCAACUUAAGGAUCAGAAGUCAGAAUUCUAUCGAAAAAGGCGCUGAAACCAAUACAGACCAGAGCAAUGGGUUCUACACAGCAAUUCUCUCUAAAAUGGAACAAGUACCGUCAGAACUGGGACCGGUACCUGCUGCGCGCCCUCAGCAGUCACCUGUUCAGUGAUGUAAUGGUGGCUUGUGACGGUGAGGUGUUUCAGCUGCACCGUGUGGUGCUGGCCUCCUGCAGCGCCUACUUCGAGAAAACUCUGCAGAAAAUACCGGCCAAGGAGACGCCGAUUGUGAUGCUGAGUGACGUCACGGAGGCAGAGCUGCGCACGCUGAUCGAGUUUAUGUACUGCGGCGAGGCCACCAUCGACCAGGGCCGGCUCGAGUCGCUGCUCAAGGCGGCGGAGCGUCUGCAGAUCCGCGGCCUGGUGCGGUUGCCGGCAGACGGAGAGAGCAGCUCCGAGGAGGAGGCGGAGGAGGCAGAGGCGGAGGGCGCGCGGCGCACCGAGCACCGGCCGGCGGCGGCCGCGGCCCUGGCCAGCCGCGCGCCCUGGCAGGCCGAGCGGGACGACGCACCGGUCGGGGGGCAGGCGCCGCUAGCGGACACUCAGACGCCCCCUCCGGCGGCCGGCGGAGACCCGCUGGACGUGACCCGGCUGCUGUCAAUCUCAGUGGGCGCGGCCGACAGCCCGCCGGUGGCCGAGACGCCGCUGCCGCCGCCGCCGACGGCAGAGAUGUCCGUCACUCUGGCCCCCGAGACCAGGCUGGCGCCGCCGCCGGCCGAGCAGCACGGCUCGCUGCUGCCGGGGACCGGCGGCGCGCCCGGCCCGGCUGAGGUGACGCUGAGCGGGCCGGGAGCGGCGGCUGGACCAGGUCCGGCGGCUGGGCCGGGACCGGCGCUGGCCGGGCCGGGACCGGUGGCCGGCCCAGCACCAGCUCAGGGCUCGGAGACCGCCGUACGUCCACCGGGCGUGACAUCAGAGCCGUCCUCACACGGCGGCUACAAGAGGAACACGUCGCACUCUCCGCACGUGCAGGCGGCGGUGCAACGAAUCGCCGCCGGCGAGCUGACGGUGGCCGAGGCUUCGAUCGAGUUCGACGUGCCCAUCCCGACCCUGUACCUCAACAUGCGCCGGCAGGGCGUCAAGGCGCGCGGUCGCAUUGGCAUGACCGGUAAGCGGAAGCCGCGGACGUACAUGAUGAGCCAGGAGAUGCGCAGCGCUCUCUCCGAGAUAGAGUCGGGAGCCAUCACCGCCUCCAAGGCGUCUCGCAAGUAUAACAUCACGCUGCCCCGGAUCAUGUCGUGGAUGCGUAAGACGGGCGUCAGGAGCGCCUACUCACGGACGCAGCAGGGACCGCCGUCCGAGGCCGGGGGAGCCCUGCCUGCUGUCUGACGGUAGCCGCCGGAAACCAAACCGACGUCGGCGCUCGCGGGGCGGCGCUGACCGCAAGGAUGAGUGCGCGAGAAUGGUUAGAUGAAGUGUAGCUUCGAUGUUGCCCUCUCCUUUUUCGCUUCGCGCCACAUCUUUUCACGCUUCAUAUUCAUGGUGUCUUUGGGCGCCAUUCGGCACACGUUAUGUCCGAUAGUUUGCCAAAGAAAUGAUGGAUAUUUAUUGCUGGAACUGACUAGUCUAACAGCACUCGAUCGGCGGGUACUAUGUGCUCUUUGCCGUGAGGGGCAUACUCAUAUAAAUUUGGUUCAGUCAGGAAGGCAGUCUACGCUUGAACAGGGCGUUUCCUUCUGUGUGUAACACGAACUACGCAUGUCAAGUCGCGGAAGCUUGUUGGGGAAGUGAUGAGUGGCCAGGGAACGUCAUUAGCAUAAUGCAGUUUGUACCAAAGAUGUUUUAAAUUGAAAAAAUAACGGCCAUUUCUUUGAAGUUAUUUCCUUGAGAAAUGACCCGAAUUCAGGUAGGUUGGAUUUUAUUAUCUUGCUCUAAGGGAGCACCGUUUGAUAUAAUGAUUGAAACGAGACGCAAAUUAAUUGCCACUGGUCAUGCUGUUCAUACGAUUGUGUGCGUAAAUAAAUUAGGAGUAAUUGAUUCCUAAUUAUUGACCCCUCCUUAUUUAAGUUUCAAUUCAGAGGCUAGCCGCUGUAUUGUAGGCUCAUCAUGCGGUUUGCGUUCAAUGAUAGCAUGUGUAUAUAUCGAUAUGUGUAUGUGCGAUUGUGAGUGUGAAUGUUUAGGAAAUUGAUUUGAAGGGCAGCCAGCCGGCGUGAGAUGACAGGGAGGUGGCUAAUUCACUACGGACUGACUCAGGAUAGCUGUUGUGUUGUGUUUGUUUUGUUGACUUUCCAUCGUGUGGUGCCUAAAUUAUCCAUGCAAUGUUUUACUAAUGCAGCGUGUACGUAGGCAGAGUUAAAUUUUACAGGCUUUCAAUUGUGAAUGCACCGGCGCGGCGCUGUAUUCAGCGUUCGCUGCCAGCCCGCCAGUACGUUUGUGAAUUACUGGCCUUAGUUUGUGUGUGUUCCCGCUGGACGGAGGUGCUGGGCGCUGGGCACUCACACUGUGCUCGUGACGCAGCCGCUAGUGUCGAGGCUGGGCCGUUCGCUCCUGUCGUGGGGUUGCUCCUGUCUGCAAGGUCGGCUGCUCCUGGGCCGCGGCAUACGCUGCGGGUUCAGUACCGCCCCCAGACUCGCACUGUGACACUGACGGCUCAGACCCGAGCCGGGAUUCACGUGUUACUCCCAGUGGGAGACUCCGAUUAGUCCAAUGACGGUGCCUGCAACUACCGGUGUAGCCUGCACGGAAUCGGGACCACCCACGCACAAUGAGUAUCCCCCCGCGUCCCCCCCCCCCCCUACACCACCGGGCACCGCGAGGUAGUGUAGCGUCCACGUCCUGCUGUUGGCUUUUGUAUUUAUUUUUGUACCUGUACUAGAUUCCUGUUGUGAUCGUACUUACUAACCAAUCGCGCGGAUUCGGUCAGUGUUUGUUCACGGUGAUUGGAGCGUCUGCCCUCUCUCGGUAAACCCACCCCGCAGGGCUCGAGCGCUCUGGAGGCGGCGAUGGAUGAUGACCCGUCACGCGGGUCUCCUGUCGAAUACGGCACAGUGCGGGCACCUUGGCGCCCGCUGUGUUUUGUCAGUAGGUGGGCAUCGAGCUGCGCUGGCCGCCCCUCAGGAUGUGUAGUCACCUCCCCGGGACAACUGUGGAUUUCGUGUCCGUACGCCCGUCACUGGAACAGUGGUUUCUCACCAAUAAAAUCUGCGAAUGGC